UUGAGCCACUUGAAGAUGUCAGCACGAAACAUCGACAUAAGAGGAAACGGUGUCGUGCAAACUACAAAUGCUCACCAUACCUUGACCCGAUUAUCCCAAUUGAACCUCCUAUGUUUCACCCAAGCGACGAUGAUAUUGCAUCUCUGAAGGCGUGGAUUGAAGAACCUGACAAUGUAGAACCGAAAAUGGUUGUUCUGAAUCUACCAUCAUUUGAUGAAGUGGAUAGGGAGUUUUUCCGUGAGCUUGUUCAACCAGAUGAGACACUAUGGUCCUAUCAUAUGGAUGCUCUAUCGUACCUGCUUGUAAAAGAUUGUAAGACGGAGAAGCCGUAUAAGCUAAUAAACCCUUACUUUACGCAUCAACUGUUGAGUAAGGAUGCUAACGAUGAGAACGUCUGGACUCGCGAUAAGUAUCUACCAGCUGUGGACUGGAGAGGUUUGGAGAAGGUUUUUGUACCUUUGAAUGUUGUUGGGAUGCAUUGGGUUUUAGCGGAAAUUGACCUACAUGCAAAAUUGGUGCGUGUAUAUGACUCUAUGAGAACGAGUAGGUCAAGGUUGCAUGCGGCCGAUCUGUGUGUCAGACUUCCGCUCCUCUUCCGAGUCAUACAAGCCCAC